AUGCAAAACAAAGAGGCGAUACACGAGGUUGAUAAACGAUUUGCUCGGUGGCUUUUGGAUUGUAAAAUUCCAUUUAAUGCUGUGAUGUCGCCAUAUUUCCAAGAUAUGUUGGAUGGUGUUGCUGGUAUUGGACCUGGUUACAAGGGGCCUUCUUAUGAUAAGUUAAGGGUUCAUUUGUUGGCUGAUCUUAAAAGAGAAAGUCAAAUGCUAGUUGAUAGUUAUAGGAGUGCAUGGAAGGAAACUGGAUGUACCCUCAUGGCUGAUGGUUUGUGCUUUGUGAAAUCAGUAGAUGCUUCCAGUAUGGUAAAAAAUGCUUCACACUUGUGUACUUUGUUUUCUGAGGUGAUUGAAUGGAUUGGCCCAAAUAAUAUUGUGCAUGUUGUGACUGACAAUGUGGCCAAUUAUGUUGCUGCUGGUAGGCUUAUCAAUAGAAAAUAUGAUAAUAUCUAUUGGUCACCAUGUGCUGCUCAUUGCCUUAAUCUUAUUUUAAAAGAUAUAAGCAGCAUGGCGCAUAUUUCUAACCUUGCAACUCGUGCUUCAAAGAUCACAGUAUUUGUGUACAAUCGUACGGUUUUCUUAUCUUGGCUAAGACAAAGACCUCAUUGGAGAGAAAUUGUACGUCCUGGUGCAACCCGGUUUGCAAUUGUGUUUAUUACAUUGAAGAGCAUCUUUGACCGUAAAAAGGAGUUGCAACAAUUGGUUGUAGAUUUAAUUUUCACUGAUCACAAAUUAGAAAGGAGUGCUACUAGUAGAGCUGUGAGUGCUAUUAUUCUAGACGCCAAAUUUUGGGACGAUUGCUUUACUGAAUGCUAA